AUGCGCCGGACUCGAACCGAGAAUUCAAACGGUUUCGGUUACGUGUCUGUCUUCUCUCAACAGCCAUCUUCAUCAUCCGAGGCUUCGAAUCGAAGCUUCAGGACGGCGGGCCGCGGGAUUUUGACUUCCACAUCGUCGCAAAACUCAACAUUCUUGGAUGAAAUGGACCGAAAGGUGUUGAGGUAAGGUUCCUGGUUUGGACAUGAAAAUUUCUGGGGCAAUAUAUUGUUUUAGCUGGGGUUUGGCGGGAUUUUGAAGAAAUAUGGUUGUGUUUAAUAUUUUUUGGUACUUCAAAGUAUUGUUCACUAAUAUAGAGACUCGAUGCUAUUAGGUCUAUUGAUCUUUAACCUUAUUUUUCAUCAAGAAUUUUAUCAAACAUCCAUUUUUACCUAAAACAAUAUAAUUUGUUUUUUGUUACCUAAUUUUUGUAUUUUAGCAAGUUUUCUGGCCACAGAUCACAAAGUGAACAUAAUGGCCGAGAAUCCCCGUUAGAUGGACUGAAUAGCCGAUACGAACGGCAGCUGAAUAAACCUACAGAAACACAAACACAGUCGAUUUUGGUGUCUGACACCCCGACCAGUAAAUAUAUGGGUAAUGGCAAGAGUGCCGAUUCUUUGAUGAGUAAGUUUGUGCAAAAUAGAUGUUAGUUGGCUUUUUGAAGGAUUUUUAAUAGGAUUAAAGUGUGGUAAAAGGCAGGAACAUUGUAGAAAGAAAGAAAAAGUUAUGUUAUCUUUGAAAUCCGAUAGGUUUUAGUAAUUAUGUCAUAACUUUUUAACUAGUAGCGUAAAUUGGAUGAAAAUUUAUAUAGAGUUCGUCAAAGCCAUGGUUUUUAAGAUUUUUAUCUAUCUUUGUCAUAUCAAUAAUAUUAUGUGACUUAUGGUUUUUUUAAAAAGGUAUAUCUAUAACAGCUAUUAUGGAUAAGAAAACUUGAUUUAUCUUGGCCAAGAAUGUUAUGAUUAGUUCUAAAUUUACAGAAAAACAAGAAGAUAUACAUCGUAUUUUAUCUUUUUAUUACUUAUUUCAUUAAAACGUUCAUCAAGUUUUAAAAAAUUUAUAUCAAAGUCCCCCAAUAACAAUAUAAUUUUCAGCUGAUGAAGACGACGAUGAAUCGGACAGAUCCUCAAGUAGAACGGAAGGGAAUUUGCACAUGAAUGAUGCCACAUUGACUCGGAAUCAAAAGUCUUCUUUAAGACGGCUUUCAGAAUCCGAGGACUCUGCCGUUCCACACGAAUUGGCUUCGUUAUCACCAAUCAGCUGCUCUAGUGGCUCUGAUCAGUGGAAGAGUGAGCAAAAUCAACAGCAGGUAUGUUUUUUAUUUGGAGAGGCAUAAAAAAGGGUUUGAAGUUCUUAAAAAUUUUUUUUGAUACUAAAACGUAAAUUUUUUUGAAUUUUGGGUGUUAAAAUUAUGUACAUUGUUGUAGGUAGAAGAAACAGAGCAAUCAGUUCCAGUCAAAAAUCUGAUUCUACGAUUUGACCAACAGGCCAAGAAUCAAGCAGCAUCCGUUCCAAUUCGUCAUCGCUCAAAAAGUCAGCAGAGGUCCGAUUGUCGACCGGUAGAUAAAAGCACAUUCCCCUUAGGGUCAGACAAAGAUGGUCUUCAAUAUCGGCCAGCUGAAAAGACUGAUUUCCAAUAUCGAUUGACGGAAAAGCCCGAUUUUUCAUAUCGACCAACAGACAAGAAUGAUUUCAAUUAUCGACCGGCUGAUAACGAUGAAAUUCGUUCAGAAGCGUCAUCCGAGAACUACGAACAAAAAUUGGACGAUCGCUUCAAAGUCUUGACGUUAACACCACCGCGAACGUUGUCAGAGAGUAGUUUUGUGUCAACGUCGACACGACGAGGCUUGUACAAUUCCCCUUUAUCUUCCACUUCUUCGACCCAUCAGCCUUCCAACAACCACAGACUUCUUUCCCAACUCGACAAAGAAGCCAACUUGAAGCAGACUCGAAGAACGCAUAAUGUCGAGGAGCGGCCUACGGAGGAACAGGUAAAUUUUAAAGACUUUUAGAUCAAAUUCAGGAAAUUAUAUUAUAGUAGAAGAAGAUAGUAGAGCUUACCUUUUUUGUUAUAACUUUUUUGACAAGAUAGGUACGGACUGGAAAAUUUAAUAAAAUGUAGACUAUUAGCUUGGUUACAUACACCAAAAAAAAUUUUUAAAGUUUAAUAUAUUCCUGAAGUUACCGUACCCAAAUUUUUCAAAUUUUUUAAAAAAUUUUUUGGUUGACUAAAAAUGACUUUUUAAACCAAAAAAUCUUUCAAAGCAACGAAUUUAUAUAUAAAAAGUAAAGGAUAGUUGUUCUAUUUCAUAUUCGUAUGUAUUUACUAAAAUUCCCACUUUUCAGCUAGCCGAAAUCCAGUCGUUCCUCGGUGCAACCCUUGAAAAGUACCACAUUUUCGGUGUGACCCUGAACCGGCCCUCCGGCUACGAAUGCGGCAGUGUGGGCCUGCUCUUGAUCUCACCGCCCACCACGAAUCAGAUCUCAAUCCAACGUGUAACGACGGCUUCCAUCGCCGACCGUGACGACCGCCUUCAGAAGGGCGACCUGGUGUUUUACAUUCAUGGCGAGUUUACUGGCAAUGUAAGUUGGUUUUACGUGUUUUUGAUACGUAUUUUACAGAAUAAUUCAUGUUUAACUUUUACUGACCAAUCCAUUUAACAUUGUCAUUCUUCAGAUGGACAUAAGUGAAGCUCGGACCUUAUUAAAAAGCGAAGCGAGUUCAGUGCCAUUAAUUGUAGGCCGUGAGAUCAAGGCCGGCAUGAGGAUGGCUCAGGAAUCGUCGCAGACCUUCGAAGAAGACCCAAAUCUGUACAAAUACUCGGAAGAACCGGUCGAUAUCGUGCUGGAGAAGUCGGACCUCGGCGUUGGGUUUUCGGUGACCGGCGGAGCCGAAAGCCACUACGGGAAACGACCGGUCGUUGUGAAAAAGAUAUUUUUGGGUAAGAAUUUGGAUUUUUAUGGAGUUUAGGCUUAUUUUAAACUUAAAAAUUUGAAAUUUGAAAAAAAAAUAAUUUUUUUCCAAAUUUCAGCCGGCGAAGCCGCCAAAUGCAAGAACCUAGCCAUCGGGGACAAAAUCACCAAAAUCAACGACCAGUCGAUCGAGAAAAUGACACAAAUCGAGGCCUGGAACUACCUAAAAGCUCGGCCCAUAGGCCCGAUUCGAAUCCAAUUACACAAAUUGAUCGCCAAAAACCCCCAGUUCUGA